GCUCCGGCGCGUGGAGUCUCUCCGGCUUGGGCUUCUAGUCCUUCAAUCAAGACUGGAUUUCCACCCCACCCCCCACCCCUAGUGGCUUUCCAAAAAAAAAAAAAAAAGCCAGCCAGCCAGCUCUGCGCUCUCUCUCGCUCUCUCUGCCAGCUUCAGAGCCACCAGAUCGGACAGGGAAAGGGGAAAGCGGCUGGAAGGGAGGCGCGAAGCCAAGGCGCGAUAGAUCUAUAAAAACGCCAGCCUCGAGCAUGACUGGACUUCUGGCGAAAAUGCACCACCCUCUCUUUUGGGCGAUCUUGGCCGGGAUGGCGUCGGUCUUCCUCUUCCAAGGAGUGCCGGUGCGCAGCGGAGAUGCCACCUUCCCCAAGGCGAUGGACAACGUGACCGUCAGGCAAGGAGAGAGCGCCACCCUCAGAUGCAUUGUGGAUAAUCGAGUGACCCGGGUCGCCUGGCUCAACCGCAGCAGCAUUCUUUAUGCUGGCAAUGACAAGUGGUGCUUGGACCCCCGAGUAGAGCUCAUUGCCAACACCAAAACCCACUACGCCAUCCGGAUAAAUGCCGUGGAUGUGUAUGACGAAGGGCCCUACACCUGCUCUGUGCAGACAGACAAUCAUCCAAAGACAUCCCGAGUCCAUCUCAUUGUGCAAGUACCUCCCAAAAUUGUCGAGAUCUCUUCAGACAUCUCCAUUAAUGAAGGUGGCAACGUCAGCCUUACCUGUAUAGCUACGGGCAGGCCGGACCCUACAAUCACUUGGAGACAUAUCUCACCCAAAGCUACAGAAUUCAUGAGCGAAGAUGAGUACUUGGAGAUCACCGGCAUCACCCGGGAACAGUCGGGGGAGUACGAGUGCAGCGCUUCCAAUGAUGUUGCAACUCCUGUUGUACGGAGAGUAAAAGUCACUGUCAACUAUGCGCCAUAUAUCUCGGACACUAAGAACACAGGAGUGCCGGUAGGGCAGAAGGGCAUCCUCCAGUGUGAAGCGUCUGCAGUUCCAUCCGCAGAGUUCCAGUGGUACAAAGAUGACAAAAGGCUCAUCGAAGGACAGAAAGGGUUGAAAGUUGAAAACAAGGCCUUCUUCUCCCGCUUGACUUUCUUCAAUGUCUCUGAGCAGGACUAUGGAAAUUAUACUUGUGUGGCCUACAACCAGCUAGGAAACACCAAUGCCAGCAUCAUUCUGUACGAAAUAAGUGAGCCCACAAGCUCAACCUUGUUCCAAGAAGAGACAACCGCAGUCCAGACCCCCUGGAAAGGCCCUGGAGCAGUGCAUGAUGGGAACAGCGGUGGGUCAAGAAGAGCUGCCUGCGUCUGGCUGCUUCCCUUCCUUCUCUUGCACCUGCUGUCCAAGUUUUGACCCUGUCAACCAUGGCGAUCAGAAGAAGAAGAAGAAAAGAAGAAGAAUAUUAAAAAAAUUAAAAAUAAUCAUAAUAGUAAAGAGAGUAUAUUAUGAGGAAAUCUUGGGGAGAAAGAAAGGGAGUUUGAAAAAACAUGAAGAGUCCAAAUUGUUCUGCUGAUGUUUCAACACGACUGAUGUUUCAUUUUCUUUCUUUCUAUUUCCCCUCCUUUUUUUUUCCUGCCAUGGACAAGUAUGCAGCUGUUGGGGACGAACCAGUGCAUUUGGCUGAGUGACCAUUCUUCCCCAUUUUCCUCUCCACACCUUAGCAAGGCAGCUGACUCAUGUUGUGCUGGGCAGAUUCAGAGAAAACAAGCACAUAAAGGAGGCUUAGGAGGUUGGCUGCCUUGCAUACGACACGUCACGGCUCCCCCCCCUCCAAUUCCCCUCCUCUUUGCGGACUGUGAUGUUCUUUGUUUGAUUGCAACCUACAACAACACAACUACAGAUAACAACCACUCUGAGAAAGAGACCGCAAGCAAUUGAGAGAAACCCCCCCCCAACAACAACACAUGAUUGUUAAGACAUUAAUUCAUUGUACUACAUGGAUAUCAUGGAUAAUAAGGGAUUUUGAUUCAUUAUUAAUUUUAUUAAUUAUAUUUUCUGAUAUGAGCCUAGAACUGUUAGUUCAUAAAAAAUACAAAAAAACAAAACAAAAAAAACACAAAGAAAAAUGGGAAAAAAGUGAAGUACGUUUAUUAAGUAUUAAAAACAAAUUGAAUAACAGGAUUCUGGACUAGGUUUACAGGAGGUGGAGUAUCAGUGUCUCUGGUUGUUUGCGUGAUCAGUUUGGAUUAGCGUUGACACAUCUAGCAGAAAAGAGAGAGAAGAUAAAGAAGAAAUGCCUCCACCAGCGUUAUCGAGUUUUCAUUCUUUAUUCUGGUGUUCAACUCAAGAAGGUUUUCUGCUGUUUUCAUACUGUUUGGAAGUACAAAGGUUGAUGCUCACUGUAUGUUGGGUUCAAUGGAUAUGCUUAUUCUUUUAUUAUUAUAUAUAAUAAUAAUAAUGGAUACAUGCUUAUUCUUUUAUUAUUAUAUAUACUUUUGUUAGCAUUCUAGCACAUUAUUUCUCAGCCAGGUCCUUGUUCCGACAUUACUGCAUGCUGUAUAUGGAGUUAGCUGUGUAUUGGUCUUCUCAGACACGAAGGUAGAGUUUUAUUGGUAAUUGUGUAAUUAAUUCCUGCCUAUUUUUUUUUCCUUUUUGGCCCUCCCAUGGGUUAUUUACAUGAUGAAGACAUUUAUAUAAAAAAGAAAAGAACAAAAAAGAAAGAAAGAAAGAAUAAUUCUGCAGCGUCUCUUUCCAGAUUUGGAUUUAUAGGAGGGGGAAAAUAAUGAUGAUUAAAACCAAUACACUUGCUUUAUUUUCCCUAACCUACACAGCUUCAGAUAGGAACACAACAAGGACACAAUAAUAAAAUAAAAGAAGUUUCAAAUAAUAGUAUGUCUUUUAAAAAGAAAGGGGGGGAAACUUUGUUUCUGUGGCUACUAGAGAAAUCGACUCACGUCAAUUUUGUUCUCUAUCGUUUCCUGUUCAAUGGAUGGACUUGAAGAAAUGCACCUUUAUAGAUUUGGGGAUAAUCCUAUAGGUGGAGGCCUCCUUUGUCCUGGGUUUGUUUGGAGGUCAAAACUGGAGGUUGUCUCUGACUUUACAUUAAAAAAAAGAAUAUGUUCCAUGUUGCUCUUCAGACUGGUUGUGAUACGUCAUUCUUAAACUGGCUGUGGAGGAGGAUAUGUAUAUAUAGCGAAUGCACUGACAUGACUCUUUAAUAAAACAUUGAACUCUGAUGCAGGAGAAAUCUGGGUGGGGGACCAACAUGGGUGGACAACAGAAUGGAAAAAUAGUUGGAUCAAAUGACCAUCCUGUUACUUCCACACAAUUAGCUUUGCCAUGCUGUACACAUGUAUUGAGCUCACAAGCCUAAUAUAGUUCCCUGCAUUCUUUCCUCCUAGGAAUCUUGAACCCAAGUGUUCUGUUUCUGUUCUGGUUCCUGUUUUCUCUGUGCUUGCUCUGGAAGGGUGUGUUGUGCUGCCUUUUCAUCCCUCUGUUGUUGGACUGACCUCACUUCAUGACCUAGAGUUUUGGAUCUCCUUUCAGCAUUGGAUUUGGGCCUCCCAAUCCUGUUCAGGCAAUGGCUACACAUAUCCCAGUUAGUAGCCAGUGACUCUUCCAAUGCUUCUCUCUUUUUCUUGGAGCCCAGAUUCUGAUGGAGUAAGCUAGUUCUUUUAGGAUUACAGGGUCUCUCUUAAUAUGAGAGACCUACAUGUCAAAAAGAUUACAUUCUUUUUCACCAGCAUAUCUCAGUCCAGUGAGAGGUAUCAUCCUGCCUACCUCUCGAGUUACUCAAUUAACUUCUGUAAGCUUUGAACCUUAUUCAUGGUUGAGUGAUGGCAAAUAUGACUUCAUUCACUUAUUGGUGGUCUAGAGAGUUGUGAUCCUCCAAUCUGAAUGCAGUACACCAUCCAUAUAGGUUGUCCCAUCAGGGCCUGAAUUAACCUUCUGCCUUGGGUUCAUGCCUGGAACUGCAAAACAGGUGUAGAGGCUUUCACACAUCUGGUAUGUCAAGAUACAGAACUGGUUGUCUACAUUUGUUGGACUGCAAGUUCUCCCAUAGAAACGGCUGCAAGUCAUCAGUUAGGGAAGUGGUUAAUAGGGGAGCAGUGUGUCCUUCAGAGGGGAAGCCACUGAGUGCAAGAUGCAGAGCUCCAAGUAAUGAGGUCUGGGAAAGAGAGACAUAAAGGUUACAAGUGAGUUGUUUGUUUGUUUUACAGUCACUUCUCUCACACUUUAUAGAUGCUUAGAUGUUAGCACUGGAAGACACGGUUAGCCUCCGUGUCUGAUCUUGUCCUUGAUUGCAGGUUGUAGACUUUUGAUCAGUGUGGUGCUGUGGCAUUCCCUCUAGCUAAGAUGGAUAGCAAUAGAGAAGACACAAAGGUCAUAAACCAGUCCAUGUUCAGUGCACAGUGAGAAUGAAAAGCCAACCAAAUAUUGGCUAUGCUCUGCUGUUCAGUUUCCACCAGUGGAGGCCCAUGGCUCUGACUUUGAUGGGGCUGUGAAUCCAUUCUGGGUUUCAGUUAGAACCAUACAGAACUGUAAAGGAGCUAUCCAACAUUCUGAACAAAUUUCGGGGAUUGGGCUCCAUACGUUGGGAGCUUCUUUACAGUUCUGGUUUGCUCUGACUGAAAACCUGAAUGGAUUCAGAGCCUCAUCGAAACCAGAGCCAUCACCCGCCACUGAUUUCUGCCAUCCAAUGUGUGGAAACUGUCCCAUUCACAAAUGCAUAAGAAUGGACCUAUGAAAAAGCACAAAAUGCAAUGAACCACAUAGGUUUUGUUGACAUAAUGAUUUAUUUACAAUGUGACCGUGAGCUUGUCUAUAUAGUGUGACACUAUGUCACACUCACCAAGGUGGCAAGCAAGUUCAUAGAAAGUCCUCUGGCCAAUAUAUUGUUUAGUAUAAAUCAAUGCAUGAAUUGGAAUGAUCACGUAAUGGUUUCCGACCCACACUAAUGCAGAGAUAUGGCCCAUGGGAAGACAUAGCAGGCAAACUCACAACUUGAUUCCCCCACCUCAAGUCCUGCUGAGAGAGUUAUUAAAUAAAAGAAGGGGUGUGGAAUUUUUCUACAGGGCUAUUAAACCCCAUGGCAAGUGUAAUGGAUAGACUAGCUCAAAUUAUCACAGUCAUCAUGUUUGGCUUUCGUGCAGGUGAUUGCUCUCAAGAAAGUUCUCCUGCACACAUCAAGAGAACGACUCCUUGCAGGCCAGUUAACACAAGCAAAACAAUGUGGUUGUGAAUUCUAUCCAGUUCAUUGAAAGUUCCCACCAUUUUCUAACUUCCAUGAACUGAAAGGGCCAUCCCAAGCAGGUAGGUCUUUUCACACUUCCAAAAGGUGUUCACGUGAGUCUGCACUGGGAAGGAUAUCAAUAACUUUGGUGUAGGUGGGGAGUGGGCAAAUGGUUGUGAAGUUUAACACCUUUCUGGACCUGGUACACAGAUGGCAAGGUUCUGAGGGCAACCUUGGUGGAUAUCUGAGAUGGUAGCAGGACAUUGAGGAGGCAGGCUCUAAAGUAAGUAGGAUCUGGGGGAUGUUUAAUAAUAACAUUGUGUGAACUAAUACUUGUGAAAUAAUAAUGUUCAUUGCUGUUAAAAAUGAGAUGCUGUUUUGUCCAGAAUGUAAAGUCAUAGAUUGAAAUAAUGCUUUCAUAUGCACAUACAAACUUUACUUCUCUCAAAUACACAAAUGAACUUUGAGAACUUUUGGUCCAGCUCUAAUUCAAAGCUCUAAUAUUGCAUCAGUAAAGCAAAGGAA